UUAUUCGCACCAACCACCUGGGGGAACCAACCAAAACAGCGAUGGCUGCGCCCAUGUCUGGCAUUUUGAUACAGACCCUUCGAAAUAUCUACAGAUAUUUAGGAGACGAUGACAUAGUUAUUGACGACAAUGCCGUAUUUCAAGAGCCACGGAUGUCCCGUCAUAAUCCUACGACCUGUGAUUUAUGUUUUCCGAUCAUUCGUCAUAGGGGUUAUGAUGUCAGUGUCUCAGCUGUACUCUUGUUCCCAGAAUACAAGAAUUUCAAAAUGAAAAUUGACAUUGAGAAAGUUCAGAGAGAGCUACCGGACAAAAGCAAAUCAUGGAUAGUUCCGAUAAAACUUUGCACAUCGUCUCCAAAUUCUCUCUGUGUUGUACUUGACCACACGAAAGCAUUUCAGGUCACAAUCAAUCAAAUACUAGCAAAGGAAACAUUCUUAGAAAUAGCAAAUCUGAAUAAGACUGUUUUUCUCAGCAAAGAUUCUGGUCUUGAGACACUACAAUGUGCUGAUCUUACAAAAUUGAGAACUGUUCUUGCAUUUCAAAGCCUUAGAAAUGUAUUUUUGUAUCUUGGAUAUACUGUUGAGAUUAAUGGUCAUAGAAAUGGAGAUUAUAUAGCAGAAGAUGUGAAGAAAUUUCAUAUUUGCCAUAAAUCAAUGUGUUCUGAGAAACAGCCUGACUAUUGCCUCAUUCAAUGUGGUGCGGUUCUUGACAAGACAACUGGCGCUAAAGCCAGCAAUAUCUGUCCGGAUGAUUACUACAGGAACAAAACUGCUGCUUUUGAAAAGUUGGCUGAAGGAAGGGGAAACUCUGUUAAAAAUAACCAUCAAGAGAAGACUCUUUCAGAGGCUGAGGUGGUAGCAGAACUGUUAUGGGUAAAAUUGCAUGAUAAUGUAUCCAUCAGCAUAUCUCAGGAAAGUGAGGAAACAACAGGAGUGGCUCGUGGUGCUACAUUUUUACUCUAUAAUCAUGUAAGGCUUACGUGUAUCAGAAAAAAGUUUUGUCAGGAAGUGGACCUAGGAAACUAUGAGAGGCUACCUGGGAUUGAACAUGUUGAUUUUCAACUACUCUCUCAAAAUGAAGAGUGGGAUCUAUUGCUUUUGGUUCUUCAGUUUCCAUCCUGGCUCAUACAGUGUGUAAGUCCUAAAGGAAAAGUCAGUUUACAUCCAUUGCUUGUGGGACUGGAUAAGAUAUGUCGAACUUUCAGCGUGUAUUAUAGAAGAGUGCGAGUUCUUACUGAAUCUCGUCCACAGCUUUUGCCUGUAAUGCAUGCAAGAUUGUACCUUCUGCAAUGUGUUGAACAUGUUUUAGGGCUUGGACUGUCUUUAUUUGAUAUGAAGCCCUUGGAUUACAUGUAAAAUUGAAUGUUGAUCUUCAUUAAAGAUUUUCUUUAUUUUA